UAAAGCUGACAUAAGUUUGGGUCUAUAAUAAUAGCUUGGAGCCCCAAAAGUCCCCUCCCAAAUGGAGAAGAAAACAGAUGAGGAAGAAACGAGAGGCUAAAGAUGAAAACGAAGAAGAGAAGAAGAAGAGAAUAGAGCUGAUGAAAGCAGCAGCACAGGCUUGGCUCAGCCACUCCCAAACCUCUAAAAGCACUGUUUUGGAGUUCGAGGCGAGAAGAAAGCAUGCUUUUGUCAAAGGUAAACCUUCACGUUUCAAGAUGGAGGCCUUAUCAAGUACCAAGAAGCAUCAUCAUCAUCAUCCUUCGUUUUUGGAUUGGGAGUAUGGGCAAUCCUUGUGGGAUCCGUACGAGAUUCUUUCUGUAUCUAAGAAACUGGAACGGGCACUCACGUUGGAAGAGCAUACUUUCUCUGCGGAUAAGACCAUCAAGAAGAAGAAUAGGGACAGCAGAAAUAGCCUUAGGAGUUUGUUUAAUCGUUCGUCGAGGAGAUUUUAAACAAAGUCAAGAUGCAAUUACUUACUCCUUCAAACUUGUAAACGUAGAAAAGAAAGUGAAUUCAAUAAUGACUGUCUUCAAUUUGCUCA